UUAAACUUGGUUUUAUUGCAGCAAGGGGUCAGCGUCAGCCGAGAUGACAGGUGCCUUGCAUGCUGCCACCACACAGCUUUGGGGUGCACAUGCUGGGUGUCCCUGAUUCGGGGUGCUGGGGUACAGGUGGCAGUCUGGCAGAGCUGGACCACUUGCCAUGUUUCCCAGUUUGCUCCAAGUACAGUCGAGGAGAGUUUUCCAGAAUGAUUCAUCUGACGUAGCUGAAGGUUUUAAAGCCACAAGCUGUCCCCGGGAGACUCUCUCUGAUUUUUUCUUUUUCAUUCGUGAACUAGGUAACUUGACAACUUACAAGACUUCCCUAGGAGGCCAUGCUGUAUCUACAGACAUUUAAAAGCAUAGUAAACACGGUUAGUGGAGACACGAGUGUUUCCCUCCACAAAGCCCCCUCCCCAGCGUUGCUCCACCACCACUAGCCACCGUCGAGUCGAUUCUGACCCAUGGCAAUCCCACUAUGCUCCACAGGGUUUUCAGUGGCUGGUUUUCCGGAAGUAGGUCGCCAGGCCUUUCUUCCACAGUCCUUCAGGGUGGACUCCAACCUCCAACCUUUUGGUUUGCAGCUGAUCGUGUUACCGUCUGCACCACCCAGGACCUCCUCCCAACUUUGCUAUGUAGUAAAAGCCUCCGCAGCCCAGCACGUCUGUCCUGGGUCUCAUUCCAAGGCAGUACUGGUGCUUAAGAGGCUAAUAUUCACAAUUUAGACUCAUGAGAACGUGGUUUGUAAUUUCUUUAGUUCUGUGGAGGCAGUUUGAAUAAUGCCCACAACCAGGCAGGCAGACAUGGCCCCUCGCCAGUGACAGCUCCUCUUCCACACUGUGCAUCCCCCUGCUCUCCACAAAAGUGACUAUGCAGCAGUCAUGGGCUUUUAGUGGGGUGCCAGAAUUCGCAAACAGGCGGAACACCCACCCUGCCCCCGUGUGACAGUGUCAGAGCUGGUGGCUCUUGUCAGGGAUGAGUGCAAGCUGAUUGUGAUUGAAUGUGUUUGUUCUCAGGGUAAGUUCUUCUAAAAUUUCAUUUUGGGCCCUUAAGUUAGUGAUAUUCUUUUCCCCCCCUAAAAAUGUAUUAACCAUACUUUGAGCCUCUGGAUUAGCUGUCUGUCACUUUAACUCUGUCAGUCAGAAAUCUUUAAGAAAGCAGCCCCGGCGCGCCGUGUCUUGGCUGCCAUGUACGAUGUUAACUGCCUCGGCUGGUUUCUGGGAUGCAUCACACCAGUGUGCUUUUCUCUCCUCUCAGGACAUGAAGCGGGCAGAAAUGUAAAGGAACUGCCUAUCCACGCGCCCUCCCGCCCGCUAGGAUGUUCCUCAUGAACGCCCCGCCUGUGGUUGCUCUCCAGUCAAAAUGGGAGCCCUUCGGCCCGUCAGGGAGCUUUAGGUUUCCUGGGUGCUUCUCGGAGUCCACGGAGGGCGUGGCGAGGGCAGCAGUCAGCACCAAGGUGCAGAUGGUUAUCAACACGCUGCGGAGCGACGGGGCCACCUUGGGCAUGAGCGAUGAGCACGCCACACAGAGAAGCCACCGGGGGGAGCGAUGCUGCCAUGACAGGCUUGCCACCAACCUGGCCGUGCCCAAGGAGCAGCCCGUGUUCGCUGCCUGUGCGUUGGCUGCCGACUUCAACCCCGCAAAGGAGGAGGAGGCUGCGGACGUUGGCCCCCUGGUGCUGGAUUCAGACAGCGAUGACUCCGUGGACCGUGACAUUGAGGAAGCAAUCCAGGAAUACCUGAAGGCCAAGAGCGGCAGCGCCCAGCCUGUGCCCAGCGGGUCCCCGCCUUCGGGGGCUGCAGAUGGGGUAAGCAGAAGCAAACUAGAACCGUCCCAGAGCAGCAGCAUGACCCCGCUGUGUCCUGCCAGACCUGAAGCAGGAGGUGUCCCCGGCAGCUGCACAGGGGCCAGUGACAUUCGGGGCCCCACCUCCCCCGUGAGUGUCAGCAGCGAUGACUCUUUUGAGCAGAGUAUACGGGCCGAAAUAGAACAGUUUCUGAAUGAGAAAAAGCAACAGGAAAUCCAAAAGUGUGACAUUCCCGUGGAUACAAAGCCAGACGCAGGUGAACUCUCCUCAAGGUUGUCACCUCGGUCCAGUAAAGAGCUGGCCCUGAGGGCACAACAUCGCCAGGACCGGCCGGGCACUGGCAAGGAGUUUGUCUUCCGAAAACAGAAGAUGACGGGUGUGCAGCCCCGAGGCCUCAAGGCAAAAGUCACUGCCAGGCCUGAGGCCUCAAGCAACGCCAGACCAGCAGCCCCCAAGCCGGCGACCGCUUGCCGCCCUCCGGAUGCAACUCAGAACAAAGCGAGCAUUAGAAGGAGCAUGGGCGUUGGGCGGAGGGGGAAGAAGGCCAAGAGUGCGGCCCUGGUGCCCCCCACGUCAGACUCCAGUAGCGACGAUGGUAUUGAGGAGGCCAUUCAGCUCUACCAGCUGGAGAAAACCCGGAAGGAGGCCGCCGGGGACGUGCUGCAGAGAGCCCAGCUCAGAGAGGAGAAGGGGCCUGACCUUUCUGCCAACAGCACGAGCACCUCCACAAACAGUGCCUUGCCCGAAACCCACCGGAAAACCCCCGGCAAGAAGAAGUCAGCAGCCACAAAGGCCCCAGAGGUCGGCCCGGGUACCCUUGACUCUGGCCAUCCCUGCAGACCCCUGAAGGAAACCAAAGCUUCGCUGCUGCCAGGAAACGCAGCUGCCAAGAGUGAGCAUGCAGACCGGGCCUCAUGCCGGGCAGACACGCCCACUGAGCUGAUGUGUGCCAAAGCCAUCCUGGACAUUUCCAAGACGAUCCUGCCCGUGCCCACGGGCGCCAGUGGCCAGCCCCAGCACAGCAGCCCGCUCUUCUCCACCCCCAGCAUGCCUUCCCGCUCCGAUGGGGACAGCAGCUCCGUGGACAGUGAUGACAGCAUCGAGCAGGAAAUCCGGACAUUUCUGGCCCUGAAAGCACAGACAGGGAGCUUGCUGGCCCAAGCUGAGAGCAGCCCGCCGCCCGCAUGGAGCCCACGGUCAUCGCCCGGGCCCAACAGCCAGGCUGGUGGCCCCAAGGCUCUGCUCUCUAAGACACCGGACGUGCCGCUGAGCUGCAGAAGGAAACGUAGAGGCGGCAGCUCCGCAAAACCGUCAGCACCGAAGAAAAGUAAGGAGGCAGCCAAGGAGGGUGCCCGGGAUGCUGGUCCCGGCCACGUGGGCGAUCAGCCCAGCCCAGGGAAAGCCGGAGAGGCCGCAGCCAGGGAGGCCGAGGACAGGAGCCAGCCUCUCCCCUCCAAGACGGCCAGGCCUGGCGACGAGCCGGCGGCCCCAGACACAAGAGGCGGCGCAUCGCACGACCACAGCCAGGUGGACGAGGCCAGAGGUGUGGCUGAGAAGAGGAGCUCCGAUGACAAGAGCAGCUCACUGGACAGUGACGAAGACCUGGACGCCGCCAUCAAGGACCUGCUCCGGUCCAGGCGCAAGCUGAAGAGGAGGUGCAGGGAGCCCAGAGCAGCUGUCUGCAAGAAGAGGGUCCGCUCCAGCGGCACCGAGACGCUGGGCCUGGAGACACUGGGCAGCCUCCAGGACGGCUGGAGGGACAGGACGGGCAGCCUCCAGGAUGGCUGGAGGGACAGGAUGGGCAGCCUCCAGGACGGCUGGAGGGACAGGGGCCCCUGUCUGCUGAAAGGCUGCCUCUCAAAGUCCCCCAGGGACGGCAGGGAGAACGCGGUACGGAAAACCGGGACCGGCUUCAGUGGCGUGGGGGAGAGAACACGGACAGACAGUGCUGGGGAUGGGCAUGGGCCCCUGGCUUUCCAGCUGAGGAAAAAAGCCCCAGAGGGAAUUUUGUUCUCUGAUGGAAUGGAAAUCCACAAAAACCUGUGUUCCGCUCCAAGCCCCGUCUCCCCGUCUGAUGACAGCAGCUCGGUGGACAGCGAUGACAGCAUCGAGCUGGAGAUUCGCAAGUUUCUGGCCGAGAAGGCCAAGGAGUCCGUGAACUGUGCAGCUGUUCAUGGCAGCGGCCCCCUCGCUCUUGGGGCAGGUGGCCUUCCCAGGCCAGAGACACUGGGCAGGAAAGAGCCGGCACUGGCCCCUGCGCCUGGCGUGUGCACGCGGAGUCAGAGGGGCCGGGCGGCCUCCCAGCUGGCUGAGGGGCUGAAGAGCGCAGAGAGAGCCGCUGGGGUCCAGAGUGCAGCCAGGCUGUUCGGCCAGGGUGCCAAGGGCCUCCCAGCUGCCCCGGCCAAAUGUGAGCUGGCCCCACCCAAGAGCAUCAGUGGGACUUUCUCUGCCAAAGGGUCCCCUGCAUGUAGGAGAAACGCCUACAGCAGCAAAGACCAGAAUCAGAGAGGGGCUGAGCCCGCUGCUGCAGAGAGUGCCUUUGGGCAGCUGCCCAGUGGUGCCGACCCCAGCAUGGAGGUGGAACGUGCCAGCACCUUCCAGGUGAGCCACCAGAGCUGUGGCUUGCUGACCCCGAGCCCCAGGACGGAGAGGGAGAGCCGCACGCUCCUCAGCGGCCGGCCCCAAGCUGACCUCGCCAGUCCAUGGAGCAACUUCACCCAACAGAGCAGGCUCCAGAGCACCUGGGCGCUGCACCCAGACACAGCAUGGAAGGGUGGCCUCAGGGCCGAGAGAGACAGCGGCACAGAGGGGCCAGCUAAGUGUCCCCCCAGCCUGGCGGUGGACCCCAAAAAGAGCCUUCCCUUCACGGGCUUUGCCCCGCUGCUGUCCACCCAGCUGUUCCAUUUUGGGAAGAGUGUUUCCUGGGGGGGCAAGCAGGCAAGCCUCUUCAGCUCCCACCUGGGCGUGCCGCUGCAGGGGCCCUCCUUCUCGGCCUUCCGGGAGGCCCCGCUGGGCCCCAGCCCCAUGUUGGGGAGCUCCCACCUGCUGAUGAAGAAGGAAGGCGGGCAUUGGCCAAGUAGGAAGUCCCCAGCGGGCCUCAGGCUACCCGACAGAAGGACCUUGAGGUCGGAAGAGAACAUUCUAGACAUGAGGUACAGACGCAGGCUUGUUGACAGAGACGACGAGGACCAGGAGGCCCUGGGCAGCGAUGCCAGCGAGUUCAGUGACAGCUCCAUGGAGGACGGUGGCGGGGCGGUGAAGGGCAAAGCCCUCCAGCUGUGAGUGUGCAGCCAUGUUCACACAUGUGUGUCUGUGUGUGUGAGUAGAUCAUGCCAGUGAUUGCCGGGAGGACCCCGGGCCUGCUGUAAGAGCUUGUACAUAUGUACACUGACACAGAACAAUGUUUUUAUUUAACAGGUGUGUCCUGGCAUACAUGGGUUUUGUAGCUUUUUGUAAAUUAUUGGAAGUGCUGUAAAAAAUAUUUUUGGAAAACAUCAUCGUCCCGUUUUGUAGGGUGCUCCCCACUGCACAAGGCUCAGAUCAGCCAGCACUGGUCCCCACCGUCACAGCCAGGUUUGCAGGCAGAGACCAGCGCUCUCUGGCCGCUGGCUGGCGGGAACGGCCGCUGGCGCCUGUGGCUCCAGCCUUUCGGAUUCUCCCCUGAGAAUCCCCAAAAUAUCCCCCCGAGGCCUCUGCUGGCUCCUUCACGGGACAGCACUUCUUACAUAGAGAUUCCCCGGUCCCAAGAGACCAAAGCAGGUCCUCAGAUAAUGGCAGCCAGACCUCGGAUGGGAAAAGUAUUUCAAAGCACAAAGGCUUCAUGCAGACGAUGGGGCUGCCCACCACCUCCAGCGCACAGAGAAACCCCUCCGUUUUCCCAGCACAGCCCCAGGUUGCUCUGCGGCUUGUGCUUCCAAAGCCUAUGUGGUUUCAUGUCUAAUCUUGUCCAGUUCUAAAUAGACUUUUUGUAUGGGAGCAAAGUGUUCUUCGUUUUGAUCAUGGCUCUAAAAGGUAACGGAGAACAUUUGUGUUUUAAAUUUCCUUUUUCGACCUGUGCAACCAAAUGAGCCUCGUUAGAAUUGCUUCAGGAGUUCUAGCCCGGAGCACUUGAGCGCCAACGAUGCUCUAAGCCCAGCACUCGGGACAACCCCCAGCACACCCCCCAUGCCCUCUGUGACAUGAAGUCCAGUCAGGGAUGCACCCAAACAACAAAGCAAACACUGGUGGCUUUCUGGGGGUGGCCCGGCCUGCGGUGGAGCUGGACGGACCCUUCCUGUGCCGUGCCUUGGCUGCAGGCCUCGGGCUCUGGCUGGCUCCCGGGGCUUGAAUCAGGCAGCCCGUGUCAAAGCAGAGCGGUGCUGCCUUGCAGAGCAGGAGAGAGUACUGGCGCCCUGUGCCUUCUGCUCUGAGGCCCCCCGGUGCCCAUGGCUACCCUACAGAAAGAAGCUGUGUCACUCAGCGCUGGGCAUCGUCCGUUACAGUGUUUACGUUGUGCUUGCCCCACAGACAUCCACCGGUUGCCGGAGUCUGACAAGCCAGUGUUGUGGUUUCAUGGGGGUGGGCUCUCUUUACCACUGAACCUGGUGGGUAUAUGGACGUACAAUGAAUUUCUGUAUGUCAUUCACCACGGGCUUUGGCAGUCACUCUGUGCCCGGCUGUGACUGUUUGGUGUUGUCCGUAGUUAGUGUUAGCUGUGUCGAAGCUGUGACAAGCGGGCUCUGUGGUUCAUGUUACUGUCUGGUACCCGCCUGGUGUGUGUUUGGCAUCUUCCUUGUCACAUUUGCGUUCACUCAAGUGCUUCCAGUGAAAACAAUUCCAUGUAACCCAUGGUUUAGAUUUUAUUUAAUUUUUUAAAGAGUACUUUUAACACUGAAACACAAAAACCAACUUGUUUUGUAUGUAGGAACUGUUUUUUUUUUAUAUAUAUAUAUAUACUAAUAAAGCAAGCACUGCUCAUGGAUCGGUUUGUGGAGUUUGUUCUCUCUGGGUCCACCGUGGACCUGCGGUGACCACCUGCGUGGUAGGGGAGACACAGAGGUGGCGCUUCCACGUGCACCCUGCUCCACCCCUUGUUCAUUUUGCUCACAGCUCUCCUGCCCCUGCCCGGAGCCGCUGCCUGACAGGUCCCUGAAUGGAAAGAGCAGUGAGGACAGGCAGGAGCACUGACAGCUGAGCGGC